AUGGCUGUCAGAGUAACUUAUGUAAGAAAACAUUCAUACAACACCAAAUCUAAUGGAAUUAGAAUUGUUAAAACUGCUGGAGGAAAUAUGACCGUUCAACACAGACAAAAAAUCUCUAAUGGAGUUAGAUGUGGUGAUUGUGGAUGUGUCCUUGCUGGUAUUAGACACAUUAGACCACAUCAAUAUGGAUGGUUAGGAAAGAGCAAGAGAACUGUCACUCGUGCAUAUGGAGGAGUUAGAUGCCAUAAAUGUGUUCAAAAGAAAAUCCUCAGAGCUUUCUUGAUCAAUGAACAUAAUUUGAUCAAAUUAGCUGCUGCUAAGACCAAUCUUGAAAAGAAACAAAGUGUUAAAGAAGAUAAGAAGAAGGCUACUAAGACAGUCAAGAAGGCUGACAAGAAGACCCAAAAGAAAUAA